AUGUCUGAAGGAAUACGCAAAGCCCCGCCAAGUGCGUACAAGCAAUUUGUGGCUGACCACAUUGACGAAAUUCGUGAAAUAUGGAAGAAGGAAAAUGAAGAAAGUAAACAGGAAGGAAAGCCGAAAACGACCCUCUUCGAAACGAUGUCUGCCGAAUGGAAACGGCUACCCGCGGAAGUCCGGCAACAAUACAACUCUGAAGCAAAAGAACGAAUGAAGAAGUACCAAGAAAACAGCCCUUUUGCCUGGUGA